AUGUUAUGGUGGAAGCAAAAUAAAGAUACAAAACAGCUUACUAUUGAUUCCAGACACAAAUCUAGAGUUAAUUCAUUGUUGCCCACCCGGACUUCAGGACAUAGUAUUUAUGUACUUAAUGCCGAAACUACAACGCUAUUGAUUUUAUCCGACGGAACCAAACCAUUGAAGAGUUCGAAAAAGACGACGUGCUGGUCAUUGCUUAUUUUCCUCACUCUUACGGAAUACAACUAUGUGCUGCGGGUUAACGCGUAUACUGUGGUAAAUACAUCUGUCUCGGGAAGACAACGAUGGCGCUUGGAAGACUCGCCGUUUGUUGUGCGGGGCCAAGAUCUAUGGAUAAUGCCCGAUGCUACACUGGAACUCGAUCCCGGAGUACACGUCUACGUGGAUUCAGGUCUUGCUAUCAAAGUGAAGGGUACCAUGAUUGCUCGCGGGAUUCAGAUGCGAAAAAUGGACGGUUUUCAAAACACCGGUGUUCAAAUUGUCGCUGGUGAGAGCCUUGUCGAUCUGGAGUACGCAGAUGACAUCGCCCUCAUCUUUGAAGAUCAAAGCGAGGCACAAGCCCUGUUGAAUAAACUGACCGCCAUCAUGCCAUCAUUUGGCAGGCGCCUUGCAUAUUCAAAGAGCAAGGUCUUCCUUCAGAGCGUGCCAUCUGCGAACAUAUCCCUCACAAUUCAAGGAGAACCACUGGAGAUUGUGGAAAGCUUUACAUACCUCGGUAGUUGUAUUAGCUCUGACGGAAGUGUGUUUGAUGAAGUCAGUGCAAGAAUCUCAAAGGGGCGAACCACGUUUGCUAAUUUGCGUUACUUGUGGCGUCAAAAAUACAUCUUACCGGAUCUUAAGGGUCGUGUGUACCAGGCGACACCUGAAGGUGAGCAUCGGCCAAGUGAAUCUUCGCGCGGAACAUUUACCCCCAUUCAGUUUCGCGAGCAACUCGUCUGGAAGAGACCGAGGGCAUUGAUUUGUAUCCAGUGGAGCAUUGAGACCGGUGGAGGAAUCUGCAUACAGUCAGCUGGUCCCGUUAGCCUUCUUCACCAACACGAUCGCUGUGGCCCUAAAAACUGGUUUGGCACCGGGGAGGAGGCUCUUGCUUCUGUGCACCGUCCAACUUGUGCGAAAGGUCAACUGCCUUCUGGUAGCGACGCCUAUCGACUAUCAAGUUUGAAGUUGGCCUCACCGUCCCAGACCAACCUUAGAAAUUCCUACCAGAUCAACAAAGUGAAUCUCAAACAGUCCCACCUCGGUAGUUCUUCGAAGGAAGCGUUCUUCACAGAGAAGAUGUUAGACUGGCAUAUCCCAUUUGUUGAUACUAAUGAAGUAAAACUAUGCUAUCAAGGAGAUGAUCAGCGGAUAGUCUUCAGCAAAAUUCCUACCUCUCUCCGAGCUAAUAAUAGCCCCAACGCGAUUGCGGACAAAAAGCCCAGGGUUCCCCGGCGGAUUCGACUGGUUGAAGGUGAGGAACUGAGAGAAGGCCUGCUGGAACUGUGGAUCGCGAACCGAUGGCGUCCAGUGUGUAGUCGGAACAAUGAAUGGACCCGAGUUGAUUGUCGGGUCGCUUGCCAGAAUCUGGGAUUUGCCGAUGGUAAUUUCACUUUGGGGCCCAUGGCUCAAAAUCGAACUGCCAGCGUGGAAAUAAUUUCACCUGGUUGUCUGGGUAACGAGUCCACCUGGGUGGAACACAAUGGUGUGUUUGACAGCCAAGGCUUGUUCGCCUGUCCUGGUUUGAAGCAUGUCACGAAAGUUGGAAGUACCGUUUGCCGUGUCAACCAGUCUUCCCACCAUGUGGCCGCGCUUAGUUCCAGUCCGUACCCGCCAAUGUUGAAACACGUUCGUUUAUCAAGCAAUGCCUACGACGCAUUGAACUUCAGUUACAUCCGAGGACCUGCCAUCCUACAAGAUAUUUCGGACGCGCCCAGACAGAAAAAACACACAUAUGCAGAGAGUGACGCAUCCCCAAGGUCACCAUCGGUUCGACACGUCCGGAAAGUAGUCAUUUCUAAUACACUUAUCACUUUUCCCUAUUGCGGCAAUCAGUUGGAGAGGAAUAUGGGUCACGGAGCUGUCAUCAGCUCUCUGUUGGGUUACAUUCGUCUGAUUGGUCUACGGGCCUUGAAUAACGGCGGGGACGGCACACGCAUCCGGCUGAUCUCCGGAUCCAGGUAUCACUGGCCUGAAGAGACUCCCGAACUAGUACAGCGCGCACAAUGGCCAUGUCGUCCGGGAGCCAUACCCGCCAGUCCCGUAUUCCCGUUCCUGGUGGUUGCUGAACUUCCAGGUGCCACCUUCAGGGAAGCCGGAAGCUGUGAACUGCCCAUUGAAUCUGACCAAACUCACCAAGUCCUUACAAUCACUCUGUUGGAGGUGAUUCACGAUCCAUCGGCGUCGGGAUCUGUGGAAAUCUGGGACACAUCAACUCGGGAACAGCUGGCUCACUGGAUCCUGCAAAACCGUAGCACCACACCCGCAAGGCAUCUCGGGGUGCUUCCAGGUCGUGUAUAUCAAGGUAUAUCGUCCAUCAAGAACAAAGUUCUUGUUCGAUUUCACUGGACAAAACCAGGAGGACAAGCCGUCUGCUCUCAACUAUCAAGUUGUAUCCGAGUGGUGAUGCAUGUCUCGGUUGGUCAAACCAAAGUUCCUGAAGUGCUCGUUGAAGAUUCUCACUUUAAUGGGAACACGCACAGAGGGUUGGAUGUGCGAGACCCUUGGUCCUUUGUACGGGUGGUGAAUAGUCAUUUCACCUUGAAUCAAUACGAUGCCGGUUUGAGAAUUGUCAAUGGGUCCGCGGAUGUCUUGGUAAACAAUUGCACGUUCGAAUCGAACGAACGGACCGGAAUGAAUGUAAGCACGGCCGGUGGAUUCCGUCAAAUCAACCAAUCAUUGUUCGCCCGCAAUGUGGGACAUGGUCUUUCUGUAUGGAAUCCCCGCAGCUCCUGCCAAGAACGUGAACCAAACAGUGCGAUUGAAACUCAUGUGCACACAACAAAGUUCACAGGAAAUCGAUGGGAUGGCAUUCAGUUCUACAACUCCUGCCUGUCCAUGAAUAUACUGGUCAACUUCACUUUGUUCGAAUACAAUGGAGCGAGUGGAAUACGCACCUAUUCAUGUUUGAAUGGAUCUUCUACAGCCAUGACAAACUUGACGGUCGGUUACAGCCUCUUCAAGGGUAAUCAGCACGCCGCUAUCUGGAUCGAACCGAUGGCACAGAUGACUGGUCACGUGACAAACUGCACGUUCACACAGCAUCGGAAUCGCGUUAUUCAUGUGGACAAUUCACUGGACAUGAUCAAGGCAGAAUUGUAUCGAUCGCUUCCGGUGGAUUAUCAAAUCCGAAAUUCUGAGUUCUACGAUAACCAAGGGACCUCUGUGAUCCACCUACGACUAACCGAAAUAUCGGAGGUACAGAAAAUUCGAGUGAUCUACAAUAGGUUCACCGGAAACCGCGAAAUCGCAAGUCACCUGACCGCGUCAGACAAAUGUAUCAACGCUUCAAUAAACUACUGGGGAAGUUUGCAGGACUGGGGUCUGACCGAAUGGGGAGCUGUUCACAAGGCCGUCGGCCGAAAAUUGUUUGGUCAGAAUCAAAGGUACACUCUCGCCCGUGUUGAAUAUCAUCCGCUACUUAAAGACCCUGAUUUGCACAGUGAGUUCACGACAGCAAAUGAGCCGCCCUACGUUCCGGAAUUCCGUGAACAAGAUCCAUACACCGGACAGAUCAGACUCGGUGGAAGAAUACCGGUUGAGAGAAGUCGACGUGUUGAACUCACUGCCCUGUCCAGUCCGGAUGCGUACUACCACGUGACGAAGGACAUCUUCAUCCCGCCCGGUGGAAUUCUGGAUAUUCAACCUGGAGUACGGCUCAAGUUUGAAAACGGUUUAGGGUUAUUCUCGCAGGGUGAACUCCGGAUCAUGGGUACCGAAGCAAUGUCAAUCGAGAUGAACUUGUUCGAAACCGAUGACGAGAUCGUGCUACCAAACUUUGUCCAGUCCGGAAGCACUACGGAAGAUUUAUUGGCUAGGUUUACCAAUCGAACGAUUCGGCUGGUGGGCGGUUACUUGGAUGGCAUUGCCUACGAAGGUCGUGUGGAGUGCCGUUCACCGCCGGAACACGUCCAGUAUGCUGGUGAAGAUGUUUGGGGGACGGUGUGCGAACGUGGGUUUGGAACUCAUGCUGCUAUGCUUGUCUGUUCCAGUUUGGGACUUGUGGCCCAUCCAAAAGAUUGGCUACUACCACCUGAAAUUCGAGAUCGACUGGCUUUGAAUGCUAACCGGUGGUUCAACGCAAGUUCAGCGCCAAUUCACUUGGCGAACUUGGACUGUCUCGGUCACGAGACAGAUUUAUUCGAAUGUCGACACGACAGUGCCUUGGAGCACGAUUGUACCCAUGCAAUGGACGUGGUAAUACGUUGUUAUCUACCUGGAUGGAGUGGUAUUCGAGUGACUGCAUCAGAUCCUGGUUCUCGGACGCCCAUCCGUCACUUGCGGAUCUCGAACGGUGGUCUAUUGGACUUUUCCACAAUGGAGUUCAUGCCGGGAUUGCAGUUAGACUACUACGCGGGUACAAUAAACCGUAUUGAGAUCACAAACAGUAGAUCCCAUGGCCUUAUGGUUCAGUACAGUCACCCAAUCGAUUCAUUCACACUGUCGGACAGUCGACUGGUGAACAAUCUCGAAGAUGCCCUACUCACAAGAACCCCAUGGAUCCACAUGAAUGCGUGUCAGUUCGAGGGAAGCAGAUUUGGCUCAGGAAUCAAUUAUGACCCUGUCAUGUCUCCACAGGACAUGUUCCAGUUCCACGCAGGAGCCGUACACGUACUGACAUUGUUCAACUCCGCUGAUCGGAAGGUCGAAUACCUAGAAGAUGGAUGGCAAACAGUUACAGAAUCACAAAAGUUACAUCCAACUGGUAUAACUUUCGUUAAUAUUCAGCCGGGACAGAAGGAAGAAAAGGAGCCUCAGAUAAAGUUCGUUUUGCUUACAACAUACCUUUUGCUUGAUUUCUCAACGUCAACUUCACUCUACCACCCUCCCGUAUCUGCCCGUCAGACCAUUUAUCGAUCUGAACUGCUCGCGGAUGACUUGCACCGUUUGCACCAGCUUAUUGUCCAUCUGCUGGACUACCCUGUGACCACAUCACCGACAAGUGAGGCCCAGGCUUCGGUUAGUCCUAACGCUACAAUCGGUCCCACGGGUUCAUACAGUCACCUUUUACCUGCAUCCACAAUUCCUUGUCAUACCUUGCGGUGUUCAACGUCCGGCGAAACCACCGUAGAGGAACUGAUCAUCUACGACUCCUCAGUAGACGAACCCAACCCAAGUCAGGUGUAUAGCUGGCAUAUACCACGUGACCUGGUACGCUUACCUUUCAUUUCUUCCGGUCAUCAAAUUACCAUCGAACUUCGUGUUAGUGGGACGCGUACUGGUCGACUCUCGUUUGCAAUUGAGACACGUGACCUUCAGGAUGCUCGAUUCCCAGACGGACAACUAAACUCAGCUGCGGCAAAGCUGCACUCUGAAGCAUUUAGACUUCAGCCUGGAGAUACACGGAACUACCCCGUCCCCGAAUUUGUGUUGCAAGAUUGUACUGUGCGCGGAAAUCGAUUCGGACUGACCAUUCAUCAUUACAACGAUCCUGUGGAUCGAUUGGACAGGUUGUUUUGGAGACAGAAUAGUAUGGUCUUCCGUUUAUCCAAUUCAUCCAUCUUACAAAACAAAGACGUCGGACUGAACAUCCCCUCAGUUUCCAGGUUUUCCAACGACUGGUAUAUGCCAUCCUUCGUGACCACUGCUCAUUCCUCUGAACGAAUUUCAAUGAUCGCCUAUCAAAUUGAGAAUUCAGUAUUUAUGGAGAACGAGGGUGGAAGCAUUCUGGCCGAACAUAACCACGUGGAAUUCGCAAACAAUGUGUGGUCCUACAACAUAUCUCACUGUCGUUUCGAGCAAAACGGCCAAGCUAGUUCAUUAGGAAUUCAACGGGACCUCCCCAGGAGCAUCGACUCCCGUGGAAUCGCCUUUUAUCUGCCAUAUGUGUCCAAUCAGUAUGACUGGCGCUAUCAACCAAUAACCACGCACCGAUUACGUGUUAGCCAGACAACAAUUGUAGCCAAUCAUCAGUUUCAAUUUGUGGUGGACGGACAUCAUGCCCAAGUGGAUCUGAUCGAUAAUCAAUUUGAACAAAAUACCUGUCAAUCGGACAAAUCCAGCGGACUGAUUGCGACAAACGGUUUGAUUCGUUUUGAAGGCAUGGAAAAAGAUAUUCAAAUGAGGGGGAACCGUGUUCACAACAAUCAUGGCUGUCAGUUUGUGGUCCGAUUUCAAGGACGCAGUCAAGUGAUUGGAGCACAAUCUGUGUUUGCCAGGUUGACGGGAAAUGUGUUCAGUCAUAACUUGUGUCACGUGCAGAAAAUAUCGACUACCAUCAAUCCAGCCAAUCCGCUCACGUGUUACACCAUCGGUGUGUUUGGGACACAAAAUGUUACGCUACAUGAAAAUGUACUGGACAACUUCAAGAUUCCCAAGGAAUUCAAUGGAACUGGCAUGCAAUACGAACUAAUUGCCGGUGUGCAUUCCACACAGAUCCCGAAUUACCUCGAUGCGACCAGAAACUAUUGGGGUACAACCAAUGUGACCGAGAUUCAAAGUCGCAUUUUUCAAUUUGAAAAUUGGAACUGUCUUUCAGUUGUUCGGUUUGACGGAUUUUACGAAAGUGACAAGUUUUCUCACACCAAUUGGCUGGAACGCGUUGAAGUAACCGCAUCCACUAAACGGCAAUGGAUCCCAAUGGACGGUGUACUGGGGGGACUUUUAACUCAAGAUCUCCGUCUGCCCUACCGAACGCAGCCAUACCGUGUACUUACCGAUUUGACUGUCAUGCCUGGUCAUGAGCUCCGAAUAGACGCUGGUGUUCGCCUGGAGUUUGCCCCCCAUGUUGGGAUUCUGGUUUUGGGACGCCUGAUUGCUCGCGGAUUUCGAGAACAACCAAUCCAGUUCGCGGCAAUCCCCGUGGACCCAAUGCCCGUAAGCGACAGCAACGGCAGAACCGGAAGUCACGUGUCAAAAACCCAAAGGCCGAAUGUGGUUGGUCGUGCGCCGGAGAAACCUCACCAGGCUGGCCGAAUCGGACUGUCGACUGAACACCUGCGGCUGAUUGGUGGAGAUCGGGAAGACGAAGGAUUCGUGCAUUUCUACAACGUAACCACUCAGCGAUGGGAUAUUGCAUGUGAUCACCAAUUCUCCACGGAAGUGGCUCAGGUUAUAUGUUACGAACUGGGGCGACCGACCUUGAACGCAAUUAUGCAUACCUCUGAUUUGUACGAUUACCAAAUGUACGGAUUUGACAAUCCGUUCGUGCAAAAACAUGUCUGGAUGGAGAGCUACACAUGUCAAGGUUUCGAAAAGCAUCGUCGCCAGUGUUCGCAGCGUUUCAACUACGAUCAUCUAAGAUGCCUCAGAAAAAGAGCGUUCGUAUUUCUUCGUUGCGCCGCACGUCCGUCCCAGUCCGGUCCGAAUUUGGUGAGCAACACUUGGGGAAACAUUCGAAUUGUGCGCCCAUUCGAACUUGACCCGAUCGGGCUCAGACUGGAAGACCGUCAACAGUCCGUUUUAGAAUACGUGGUUCUUGAGAAUGCCGGGUUGCUACAUGGUCAAAUAGUUUCCGCGCUAGCUACGGUUUUUGCCCACCCGAGAUUGUCAUUCAUCAACAUCACAAAUUGUAUUGGCGAUGGAUUCGAAUUCAUCAACCCGAGAGGGAUAAUCGAUAUCGCCAACACAAGUGUCCGUGGAUGUCUGGGCCGUGCAAUGGCUUUGUCUGUGUUCAAUGGGGACUCCAGCGAUCCAACAACUACCGGUGGCUCUGAUCACUCUCAAGUUUAUGACUCCCCGAUCCCUAUGCUACCUCCAAGACAGGGAUCUUUACUAACCCCACCACGACCUUCGCCUGGACGGCCAAUGGGAGCCAGGCCAUCGGACUUGGUCAAACUCGCCUUGGAUGAAUAUCCAUUGACCGGCGACCGAAACCUGCUGGGGCUCGUCCCAAUGUGCGCUGGCGAGAAAGUGUUGGAUAUCUUGGAUCGAUUGCUGGUUUACUACCAGUACACUUGGACUGGAAGUCAGAUCUGCACGAAGAUCUUUCGGUCUAGAAUUCCAGGCCGACGGUUGGCCUGGCGUUUUCUGGCAGUGAAGUUGUAUCAUGACCCAUUUUUGAAGAACUCAGUGGAACUGUACAACGGAGCCAAUUUCAACACAACUUUUCGGAUUGCUCACGUGACAGCGAAGAGACUAGCCAAUCACAGUAUACCGAUCGCCGAAAGGUUCACCUACAUCACCUCACCAAUCCAUGAUAGUCUAGGCGUCUACGUGCACGCCAGUCCGGCAAACAAUCGUUUUGGUUUUGUCGCCGAGGUGGUUACUUUACCACUGUCUCCAGAAAGGACCUAUCCAGAACUGGCGCAGCCAGUUAGACACAAAGUUGAUACGUGUGAAUUCGAAUCGAACCAAGGUGGCGGGAUUAGCAUCGUCAGCGUCGGCGAGACUGGCCCCGAUGUGUUGCUCUCCAAUCUGCGCUUCAUUCGAAACGGUCUGGUCAUACUGAAUAUAACCGGACCCAGUGCAAUACACCUCCGAAUGACCAACGCCAAAAAUUUGGCCAUAACCAAUUCCUACUUCUAUGAUCAUUCUGGCCACGUGAUACGUGCGUUGCUCCUGGCCAGCCAACUGAGUCGGGGAAGUCGGUUGAACGUGACGAAUAACGCGAUUGUGCGUAACCGCUUUGGUGGAGCGAUAUGGAUUGAAGGUAAUCACUUCAAUACUCUACAAGUGGUACGCAACUACAUUGCGCAUAACGACUGUGGUUUGCGAGAUCUCAUUCGAAUUUCCGGCGUCCUUGCCAACCCAUUUGCCCAAAAUUUUGUCCAUGACAACUGUGGCGAUGUCAUUCUGAACUGCAGUGGUGAGGAAGACUUGAGCCAUGGAUCUUUGUUCAUCCAAAAUGGUUUCUACAAAAACCAAGCUCUCAACUACACCAAAAGGACUACAGUGUUUGCGGAAAAUUCAAAAAAUCAAUUUACGGACAACUAUUUUAAAAAUCCUGUGAACGAUUUCGAAUUGGUUGUGGGAAACCGUAGUGUGAUUCGGACACUUCCGAUUCAACCAGGAACAAACUGCCCUUCACCAGAUGAAGUAUGUCCCCAUGGGUGGACACUGCGCCUCGAAUUCGACGCCUGUCUGUGCUAUCGACCGGACCAUUUAGAUGCUCGUUCGAAUUGGUGGGGGGAUACAGUUUCCACGAACCAGGGUUUAACAGGCAAACAGAGGGACAAAUCUUCACAGUUGGUCAAGUCAAGCACACCAGAGAUCAUUGCACAGAGUUUCGCCCGAAGUCGCGUUUACGACGCGGAGGAUGACCCAUAUCGGAUUCGUGUAGAUCUUGCUUUCGCCUAUCCCUCAAACCAGUCAGUUCUGGGCGAAGGUACCCAGUGUCCCCCAACUUGGGCGUUUCAUGAUUUCAACUGCUUCUAUUACAUUGGGAUACCGAUGACGUACGAGGAAGCCCAUGAUUUCUGUUUGACUGAAGUUGGAGCCACGCUUGCCAUUAUUGUCAAAAAGGGUCUCAGCAAAAUCAGAGUAGAGGCUGAGCUAGUCUAG